UUUUUUAUUUCACUAAUAUAUCUAUGGCGUGAUUAUUUGUUACAGUUUUUUUUAUAUUUUCUAAAAUAAUUUUUCCUACUGUUAAACUUAAUUGUAAUUCGAUGUAGGACUGUUUUAAUAUAUAAUUUGGUCAUAUAUAUCGAAAUUAUUGUGUUGCAAAUCUCGACUAGAUAUUAUUUGAGGUCUAUAACUAUUAAUGGAUUUAUAAUUUAACAUUACACACGAUGGCAAUAAGUGUAUAUGAAAAAUUGGGUCAAAAAAUACCACCUAAAUCAACAUGUUCUAAAUCAUCAAAUUUAAAUUCAUGUCUUAUGAAAGUAGAGUACGAAGCGAGUGGGAGUUCUGUUAGUAUCAAGAAUGAUUCUACAAACAGAAUGUCUCCAUAUCUUUCGGGAGAUAAAGUACAUUUACAUUCUAGAGUAACCGAAAGGAAAUUAAUUCGCAAGAAGACGGAUUUCGUCUCUUCAUAUCCUUUAGCUGUUAAUAUCUACAAAGCUAACUCGGAUGAAUUCAAAUUUAAACGUAGUAACAAGAAAGUCAAGAAAUCCGUAUUGACUCUACCAAACGAGCCCACCCCUGUGCCACAAUUGUGUACUGUCAGUGAUAUGACCGAGUCGGAAUAUUUCAACGAAAAUAAGGAUGAACGUAAACCAAAAACUAGAAAAAAAAGAGCUGUACAAAAUAAUAGAAAGCUUAGCAAAAAUAAAAACUUUGACAUUUAUGACAGGGACGCACGUUAUUGUUCACAGCUUAAUGUUGAUUUAGAUAGCAGUUCAACCGACUUUAUAAACCGAUUUCCCGGUGAUGGGAAGAAAAAGUCACGACGUAAACCUAAGAAGACUGAUGUCAAAGCUCAUGAUGUGUGGGCGAUGCUCAGGAACAUGAAUCAGUUCCAAUUUGUACCAUCAGCGCCAAUGUCACAGGACAGCGUAGUAUCAGUAAAGAGGUCUAAUUUAAAAUCAAAACGAAACAAUUGUCGAGAUGCUAGGUUAAUUGAGACAUGCCGAACUGAGGAAUUCGCUUACAUCUCGAAUUUUGUUGACAAUAGCCAUUCACAGUCAAGCUUAGAUCGAGUAACGGUCAUCGAUAAACAGGAAGACUAUCAAAAAAUAUGUAAGGAAAUUGAGAAGAGUGUUGAAAGUUGUAAAACUAAGUUUUCUAGGGCCAGUCAAAAGAAAAAUAAGCCUAAAGUUACGAGAAGAAUUAAUUUGAAAUCUAUUACAAAUAAUGUGAACAAUAUCGAAAACAAUAAACGUCAGGUGAACGAGGCUCCAUCGAACGACAUUUGCACUCUUGUUAAUGAACAAAAAAAUGAAACAAGCGGCGCUAAAACAUAUUCCAUUGACAAUGAAAAUAAUGAUCAAUUCUAUGAUUACAAUGACUCAAAUCAAACAAAUUCACCUCAAACUGUGGACCUUGGGAAGCAAGAACAACAAGGUAAAAAAGAGGAUUAUAAACAGCGUAAGAAGACAAAACAACAAAUAACUGGUAUCACGAAGGUAGUUGUCAGUAAAGGAAACCAUGUCAGUCAAGAACUAGAUUAUGAUGAGGGCAAAAAUUCAGAUAUAACAUCAACUGUAGCAGCCCCAAUAACUAAACCCCCUGAACAAGAUAAUCCAGGACCACUUCUUAUCGAAAGCUGUCCCACAAGAACAAGGCGAGGGAAACUCGCAAGUGGAGGGAAAGUAAAAGCUGUGAGCAAUGGUGAUACUAAAAUUAACAAAGCUAAAGGCAAUACUAAUACUAUAUCACAUAAAUUAAAAACAAAGGACGAUACAAGUGAGCUAGAAAGAAAUGCAAUAGAUACACUUGACCCUGAUACUAAACAAAAACGUCAGCUCAAAGAUAAAAUGAUGCACUUACUGUAUAAGAAACAUCAAGAUGUUAUAGAUGAAGGUAAUGGUGACAGCACAAUACUGGAAAACGCUGUCGUAGAAGUUGGAACUAAUACUCAGAUAGAAUGUCAUAAUUUAGAAAAUACGAAUUCAAUAAAAGAUAUGACAGAAUUAAGAAAAAAAUCUUCAUCCAAACGGUACUGGGGAAAAGGAAAAUGGGCGAGCGACUUUAUUGACAGCGUGAUCAGAAAAAUAAGGAGUGGGGUAUAUUACAGUCAUGAAGAUAAGCCACCGGUUAAAUAUAAAUUCGGUAAAAGAGAAGAUUCGUCCCAAACCGACAUCAAUCAUCGCAAUAUCCCGAAACCACAAUUUUUGAUUACUUCCAAAGACGUUGACUUCAACCCUCCGAAAUAUAAUUUUAAAACUUUUAACCGGACCAAAACUGAAGAAAGGCUUCCUUUAAACGAUGAAAUACAUAACAAUAAACCUAAUUUAGCUGUAAGAGAAGAUAACAAAAAGAUUAAUUUUGAAGAUUUCGAUAACACCCACCUGAUAAACUUCCAAAAAAAUCUCACACAAAGAGAAACGGUAAAAUCCUUAACUCCAGUAAAACAUUCCUGGGUUGAAGGGAAAUGGGCUAGUGAUUUUAUUGAUAAUAUCUUCAAGAAGAUUAAGAAUGGAGUUUAUUACACGCACGAAGAACACUGCCAAUGUAAAAAUCAGAACGUGACUAUAGAUGAUUCGUCGCAGACGGACGGCCAAAAUUUAAAUUCACUCUUCAAUCCAAUCACUGAUGUGGAUAUUAUAGAGAAAAGCAAAAUUCAAAACACUAAUUACUGCGACUCAUUGACUCCUUUACCUGGCUUUGAUGCCGCUCCAAACGAUUUAGAGAUUGAGACGUAUAACCAGAAACAAAUCGUUGUAAAAAAUUGCGUUACAAAUAUCGUUGUUAAGUUCGACGUUCAAUUACCGGUCGAUACUUGUCAAAGCCUUCAAGUUAAACAAUCCCUCUCUUGUAUUCCCGUAGCAGUAACCGACGACCAAACAAAAAUAUUCAAAUCCAAAACGACUAUUAUAAAUGCCUUCUUACCGGCUGAACUCUGCAGUAUUUUACCAAUGAUUAUGAACAAAAUAAUUACCUCACACGCAAAAUUCGCUUUGCCAAAAUUAAAGGUCGGUAAAGUCGAGUCGAAUUUGUCAACUAUAACUGAAUUGACGAGAUCCGACAGCUUGGAAUUUCCUAAGCAAAUUUCUCACAUACUUUCCGAGCCCAGGACCGACUUGUUAUUUAAUAUGAAGUCCAUGGAAAUAUUGAAUUUCAAAACGGAACCAUCAGCGUUGAUAGAAUUAAAGCAUGAUGAUAUACCCGAAGCUGUCUUACAAAGUAAUUCAAUAAUACCCCAAAGGGUUAUUUGUAUGGCGUUGCAAAUAUAUAACCCUCACAAUCAAGUUGUUCCAGCGUACGAGAGAUUUAACAUUAAAUCUUACAUCGAAAGUCUGAUAUACACAAAAACUUUGACGAUGGUUAAAAAUACCCUUCUCAUAAUAAAUUCUUUUAAAGUUCUCUGUUUGAAUAAAAACAUUGCCAUUAGCAUCGAAUUCGAGAACUGCCGAACUCCCGUAAAUAUAUUAAUUUCGAAUAUCCCAAAUUAUUCUAAAAAUACUAGCUUUGAAAAGAGCAUCAAAUUCAAUGAAGAGAAUUGUGAUUGUAAUUCUCAAACUAACACUAUACCCAAAGUAUUAGAUAUUUACACGAACAAAUCUAGAACUAAUUUAUACCAAAAGAAGAAUAAAAGUUCAGAAAUACGUCCUUAUAACAAGAGUAAGAAAAAAGGCUUCGUGAGACUUUACAAGAAAUGUAAAUCAAUGUCGAAUCUGUCAAAUUAUAAACAAUCCAUAUCCAUUGACAAAAUAACGAAUUGUGAAGAGUUCCUACAAACGUUGGGACUGUCCAAAGUUUUCACUUCAGUCGUUGAUGGGAAUAUGGAGCAGAAAAUAAUGUCAUCUCUAAAAGAGAUGAGAAGUUGGAAGACUGAUAUAACGCCAAGGCAAGCGUUUUUGGUUUUGCUGUUAGCAAAUAAAAAGGAUACUUCUAGCGUCUUGAGAUAUCGGCCAGUGAUACUGCAAGGCAUAGCCGUCAGUAGAAUCACGAAAUCCUCGGAACUCGAUAUGGAAAUCGAAGUUAUAGAGGGUGAAAAGUUAAACAGACUAUCACAGCAGUUCGAGGGAAUAUCAUAUGUCCCGGCGUCGGUAGAAAAUCAAGAUGCGCUUUUAGAGGAGCUUUAUUGGAUAGCUAAAACUACAGCAUCAGAUUAUCAAAGGCCAUUCGACGAGUCAUCCGAACGCCUCUUGAAAUCUCUCCUAGAAAAGAGGAAAAAACUAAAUCCGUCAUAUCUUCGAGUAAUGGCUCGAUACGUGGGUCUUGGUCUAUUAAAAUCUUCCAAAUAAUUUUUGGUGAUAAAAUGUGACGUUUAAAAUGUUAGUGAGUCUUAUGUAAUGUUUUCUAUUAUAUUUUAUUUAUUAUA